AUGAGUGUAAAUUUAACGCAUAUUCUUGGUUGGAGAGUAAGAAUAACAAAUAUUUUAGAUACUGUUACAGAAGGUAGAAUAUAUUCUUUUAACUCUAGUAAUAAUACGAUAACGUUAGAUACCACUACCUCCACCAAGAAGAAUAAAAUUAAAAAAAGUAAAGAAACUAAUUUGCAUGACUUUAAAAUAAUCAAAUGUCUGUUUAUUAAACAUUUAGAAGUUAUUGACGAUAAAUCAAAAAAGCAAUCAGGCUUUGGUAAUAUUAAACCUAGUUAUAUCAAUAUUGAUAGAAUUGAUCAGUUAUUGAAAGAUCAAAUAGCAAAAGCAAGUAUAAAGGAAGGAUUAUUAAAUCGAGGCGUUACUGAAGAAGGUCAAUUCAUAUUUAAUUUGAUUCAUAAGACAAUUAGUGAUACAAAAUGGGGUAGUAAAAGUAAUUCUAUUAUUAUAUUAGGUGAUAUAGAGAUCUCUUCACCUUACAAAGUUGAUAAUAUCAAAUGUCUCCAUGAAUCAGAUUCUAAUAGCAAAAACUCUUUGAAUCUUAUAGUAAAAAUUGUUCAAAAUGGAUGGGCAAAGUGGAGGAUUAAUCAUCCUGAUAGCGAUAAUGAUGAUGGAAGGAAAGGCGGUUAA